AUGGAUGAUGUCCCAUAUUUAAUGUCUGUUAAAAUUUUAAAACCUGAGUUUAACAACGUCAGAAAAAUUCCAUUAAAUUCAAACCAAGUCACUAUAGGCCGCAACAUCAAUAAUUCGGUAGUAGUACCAGCAAUAACAAUAUCAAGAAAUCACUGCACAAUUAGAAAAAUUAAUGAAAACUGGAUCUUAGAAGACAAUAGUUCCUUUGGUAUUGCAGUUAAUGGAACUCUCUUGGGCAAAGGUAUUAACAAAGUACUUCAUCAUGAAGAUGUUAUUAUUUUAGACCCAGAACAAUUUGUUUAUAAAUUUUAUAAUCCUUUUGAGGACUUCGAAAUACCAAGAAAAAGAAUAAAACUUGAGCAUGUAGAUGAGGAUGACAUUUUGAACAAUGUAAAACUUAAAUUUGAAGAAUCUCAAACUUAUGAAAUUAAACACAUUGAAGAAAAGAUACAUAAUGCUAAAGAAAUGCAAGUAACUUCAAAAAUUAUGAAGGAUAAUCUACAGUUAGCUAUGAAUAAUAAAAUUCAAUUAGUAAAAAAUGAAUUUGCAUCUCAAAUUGAGAAUUUAAAAGGAGAAGAAAAUGAGAUUGAGAAACAAAAAACUAUUCUUAUAGCAGAGAGAGAUGCCCAACUGGCAUUGGUCAGAGAAGAAAUGGAAGGGAAGAUAGCUGAUUUAAUGAAACAAAUAGAGAACCACAAUAAAACAGAAUCAAAACUUCUAGAAGAAAAUAAUAAUUUGAAAGAAAAACUAUUAAAAGAGAAAGAAGAAUUUCUUGCAGAGUUUAAAAAAGAAAGUUCAUCAAAACAAGACAUGCUAGAUAAACUUGAAGCUAAACUGCUGCAACAGGAAGAAGCUCGUUUGAAGGAGAAAAAAGAACUGGAACUGAAGCUAAAACAUGAAACUGAACAGCUUAGAUUAGCAAAAGAAAAGGAGCUAAAAGAAUUAGAACAAUUAAAAAAGCAAAGAGAAACAGAAUUAGAAGCAGAAUUACAGAACAUAAAAAAAGACUUGGAGGAACAGAUCCAAAAAGCAGCAGAGGAAAAAGAUAAAGCUCAACAAUUGCUUAAUGAACACAUCAACCAAAGGAAGAAGAUAACAGAUGAAGAGAAAGCCAAAACUGAACAAUUACUACAAGAAAGAGAGGAAAUUCAAAAGAAAUUAACAGAAGCACAGGAAAAUGCGGAUAAGGCUAUUGAAGAGUUAAAGAAUCGGGUAGCAGCUAGGGAAACUGAAUUAGCUGCAUUGGCAGCUGAUAGAAUACAACAACAAGCAGAACAAUCCAGCCACGUCAUCAGUUCAUUGCAAGAACAAUUAGAAAAUGUUAAAAGUCAACUUAAGUCAGUGGAGAUGGAAAAAAAUACACUACUUGAAAAUAUUAUUGCUGAAGAUAAUGCUAAGGAGGGCUCAUCGAAGGAAACUACAUUAGCUGAGGUUGGAGAACUAAUGGAGAGUGAACUUCAGUGCAGUAUAUGUGCUGAACUUUUUGUAGCAGCUACAACUCUCAACUGUUCACACACCUUCUGUAAAUACUGCAUUACCAUGUGGAAGAAAAAGAAAAAAGACUGCCCUAUUUGUAGAACUGCAAUAACGUCUGAAUGUAAAAGUUUAGUGCUCGAUUCAUUUAUUGACAAAAUGGUACAAAAUCUAACGGAAGAUAUGAAGACAAAAAGACAGGAUCUACUUAAAUCAAGAGAAGAACUCGAGUCCGAACUGGCGUGCCAACUCAGCAUGGGAACUAGUCGAAGAAGUCACAGCUAUGAUACAACCGACUACGACAUCGACUCCGAAUCGUUCGAGGAGGGGGAGGAGGGGGACCUCUACGAGGACUACGACGAUUACGAUACCUACUGGCCGUUCCGCAGCCGGCACUACGACGACGAUACGUCCGAUUCAUACGGUGGAUCUGACGAGGAUGCCGACAGUGCCGGUGACAGUGCCGGAUCGACCGCCGGUGAUAACGUACCCGCCGUCGCAGCCGCACAGGCUGCGGGGAACGGCGACACCUCAACUGUUCCGAAUAGUACAAACGGGCGGACAAACGGUAAUGGUCCUACUCGGCGAAGGGGAAACGUCCCGGGUGUCCCGGGCUCCUACUACGGUGGUUACGGGCGCUGUUUCAACUGCGGCGCCCGCGGCCACUGGGCCCCCGGCUGCCCCUACAGAUAG